CGCGGUAUUUCGUAUAUAAGGUCAACCGACGAUGUUGAUGAUGCUGUUCUUUCCUUUCGUUUGCCCUGGUGGCCUGUUUUUUACGAUAUUCUACAUUAUUAAUGACGCUCUUCAAGUUUUUUUCAGUCAUUGCUACAUUAUGCAGCGCAGGGCAAUUCGCAGCAGGCCAUGCAGCUUUAUUUCAUCCGAGCAUGUACGGCUUUAAUGUGACAGGCGAUACGUUCCCUUAUGACAACCGACCCGUCGCUCCUCUAAUGAACAUGACUUUUGACCAGUGGUGGUUCCAUGGCCACCUCGACUAUCCCCCCAACAACGGAGAUAUGUUCGACCUCUCAGCAGGUCAGACUGCAACCGCUGAGAUAGCGUGUAACAAGGGCGCCACUAGUUACUUCGCCUCGUCCGACGGAGGCGAUAUACGGGAACCAGACAACCCGAACAACGUGUGUCCGGGAUCCGGCAUGGAAGAGUAUCACACUACGGGUAUUGACGACCUGAAGGGAUGCGCACUGGCUAUCGCAUACAAGAACGAUGCCCGAUCGGUUACUCCGGAGGACUUUACGGUUUUCAGUGUGAACCAAACUUGUGUGUGGACGCGGUUCACGGAUUUUCAAGUGCCGGCGCGAAUGCCACCUUGUCCCGAUGGUGGAUGUGUAUGUGCUUUCUUUUGGAUUCAUUCGCCCGAUAGCGGAGGCGAGCAGAACUAUAUGAACGGUUUCAAGUGCAACAUCACGGAUUCGACAUCGACGGUUGCCCUCGCCAAGCCACAGAUUCCUAGGCGCUGUGGUUCGGAUCCCGUCAACAACAAGCAGUUCGCAUUCCUCGCGAAUUGUACUCAUGGGGCCAAGCAACCGUUUUACUGGUUUAAUCAGGAACAGAAUAACAUGUUCGAGGGCACCUAUUCGCCACCCGUUUACACCGAUCUGUAUAACUUUUUGGAUGGUUCCCAGGACGAUAUCUUUGAAGACUCUUAUGAUUCUCUUCCGACGCCCUCGCCAACCGCACUGAUGCCAGUCCUCAGAGUUGUCGACAAUUCGGGUUCCACAUCCAAACGUUCUUGGCGACAUAGGAGAUCACAGCCUCGGCGGCUUCUGCACAAUGAACAUUAUUGACCCUCAUGCCACCUGUAUUUUAUGUCUAAUGUAAUAUCAAUUUCCUCCGAAAAAUCAAG